AUGGUUAAAAGGAAAGAAAACUCCGAGAGUAUGAAGUCAAAUGGGACUUCUCAGAAGUGUGGCGUUGAAAUCUCUCAGAUCAAGGUCGAUGACGCAUUUGCAAUUUUGAGUGCAUGCGCUUGUACAUGGGCGAGCGAUCGAUGGAGUACACCAGGCAAAUGUGCUUCAAUUAGGGCUGUCGUUGGAUUCUUGAAGAAGAAGCAAAGCCAACUUUCCAGCCCAAAGCAAAAGCAUUGGGUGGCUUCGCAUCAAAUGGCUGUAUUCAACAUUGUUGCACGGAUGAUACUUGAGCAUCGUUGUUCUGAACUGUUUGACGUCGUCUCGAAUGAUCAGCCUUCCUUCGCUCGAUUUCUUGAGUAUUUGGAUCGCUGGUCGGCUCAAACACAAGUAGAAGACUUUAUUGUAAAGCAGCGAAAGAAUGUGCUUGGAGAGACUGACCGUGGCGCAGUCAAUGCUAAGGCAAAUUAUGCAAAGGCACUCCACCGACAGGGGAAAUUUGCGGACACCAUAGCUCGACAACGGGAAGUCCUGGAAAGAGAAAACUUGACAUGA